UAGAGCAUCUGCUUCUUUUCUGCGGCCCCUGACCCGGGAACAAAAGCGAACGCGGCGAGAUGACGGACCGGUACACCAUCCACAGCCAGCUCGAACAUUUGCAGUCCAAGUACAUUGGCACCGGCCACGCCGACACCACCAAGUGGGAGUGGUUGGUGAACCAGCACCGGGAUUCGUACUGCUCGUAUAUGGGCCAUUUCGAUCUUCUCAACUACUUCGCCAUUGCGGAGAAUGAGAGUAAAGCACGAGUGCGCUUCAACUUGAUGGAGAAGAUGCUGCAGCCUUGCGGACCGCCAGCCGACAAGCCCGAGGAGAACUGA